CCUCAACCACCAUGUCCUCUCAGCGUCCCCUUGUGUUCUUCGAUGUGUCCAUCGGCGACAAGCCAGCUGGCCGCAUUAUCUUCGAGCUUUACAACGACCUCGUGCCCAAGACUGCAGAGAACUUCCGCGCGUUAUGUACGGGUGAGAAGGGUGUUGGGAAGGCUGGAAAGCCCCUUCAUUUCAAGGGUAGCAGCUUCCAUCGCGUAAUCAAAGGGUUCAUGUGCCAGGGAGGUGACUUCACUGCUGGAAAUGGGACGGGCGGCGAGUCAAUAUAUGGCGAGAAGUUUGAGGACGAGGGCUUCCCCGUAAAGCAUACCAAACCGUUCCUCCUCUCCAUGGCAAACGCUGGUCCCAACACGAAUGGAAGUCAAUUCUUCGUCACGGUAGCAGCUACACCCUGGUUGGACGACAAGCACGUCGUGUUCGGUGAAGUGAUCAAGGGAAAGACUCUUGUUCGUCAAAUCGAGAACACGCCAACCGACAAGAGCGACCGCCCAAAGCUCCCUGUUGUCAUCGAGGACUGUGGUGUCUUGUCUCGCGAUGAUCCCUCCCUGAAGGCUCCCCAAGCUACCGAUGGCGACAAUUACGAGGACUACCCUCAGGACGACACGCGCGACCUUGAGAAGGACCCGGCAACCUGCUUGCAGAUUGCGAAGGACGUCCGCGAGCUGGGUAACAAGCUCUUCAAGGAGGGAAAGGUCGCGGAAGCGUUGGCGAAGUACGAGAAGGCUCUGCGGUACCUCGACUACCACCCCGUCCUACCUGACGGCACACCACAGUCGCUGAAGGACGAGUGGGAUGCCCUCCUCACCCCGCUGUGCUUAAACAGCGCCCUCGCUGCGCUCAAGAUCCAGCCGUCAACCCCAGAGAACGCGGAUACCGCCAUCGCGUACACUUCGCGCGCUCUGCGCCUGUUCAAGUUGAGUGAUGGCGAGAGAGCCAAAGCACACUACCGCCGCGCCCUCGCCAACAUCGCCAAGAAGGAGGACGAGGAUGCCGAGCAGGACCUCGUAGAAGCAUUGAAGUACGCGCCGAACGAUGGUGGCAUCCAGGCCGAGCUCAACCGCGUGCGCACUGCCCGGAAGGCGAAGCUAGAGAAGGAGAAGGCGAAGAUGCGUAAGAUGUUUGCAUAGAUGUGCAAGAUGUACGCGUAGAGUCCGCGACAUAUGCAAACGGAUGGUGUAGAUAUUUGGUUAGGGUGCAUGCGAACGAAGAAACGACAACAUGUUGUACUUAUGAACAAACAGUACUAGUACUAUCAAUGGACAAUCUUGUAUAUCUUCCA